AUGAGAGAAGGAAAAAACACCAACUUUAAAAGAAUCAAAGCCCCUAGCAUUGAUACUUCAGCCCUCAUCAAAGACAAUGCCCUCACUUUGAUAGGAAGACUUACCAACCCACAGGAGCAAAAAAUAUGGGCCCUCAUCCCAGCCCUUCCACGCAAGUGGAACCUGCAAGGCAGAGCAGUAGGCUCAGAUCUAGGAAACAACUGCUUCCAGUUCAGAUUCGAGAAGGAGGAAGAUCUAAGACGAGUAUUGGAUAACAGACCUUAUCACUUUUCUUAUUGGAUGGUCAUUCUUCAAAGGUGGGAACCAGUUAUCUCCAACGCCUUCCCGUCCAUGAUUCCCUUCUGGAUCCGGAUCAAAGGUUUACCGCUUCAUUACUGGCAAGAAGACAUGGUCCUCAGAGUGGGCCAGGAGCUGGGAACAAUGGAAAACCAUGAACUAACAAGAACAACAGCAAGAGUUAAAGUGUCAGUGGAUGGUUUAAAGCCUCUGGUGAAGGAACUAAUUAUUGAAUUUGACUCAGGAGAGGAAACAUCAAUUACCCUAGAGUAUGAGAAGCUGGAAUACCACUGCACCUCCUGCUUCUCACUACUACAUUCGAGGAAGAACUGCCCACAGCGACAAGAUGAGGAACAACCCUGGGCCUGCAACCCCAAGAUAACAUCAGAAGGUACCCUCUAUGGAAGAGAAACAACUGAAGCUCAUCUAAAUGAGAGGAGAAAAAGGGAACAAAACAGUGAGAAGCAGAGUACGGACCAAUUUGAUUUUAAGGCAAGAGUGGAUAGACAUGGCAACCCAUUUGGAGAUAGAAUCAGCACGAAACAAACUCGGGUUGCCCCACCCAUGCUGACCAUGCAAGAGGCUGUACACCCAAGCCAACAACCACUCGAGAAACCUCAGCACUACUCAGCCCAGCAAUCUCAGCAAUACUCAUCCCCACAGUAUACUUAUAGCAGACAAGCCAAACACAGAGGUACACAAAGAGGGCGAGAUCUCUUCUCCCAAAGAAGCCAAGGCCACUGGAGAGCCAAGCAACUUGUGAGUCAAGAGGAAAGAUCCAAAACUGAGGAGAAGCAGAACUCUGAUCUCAGAGAGGAUACUGCAGUGGGAAAAACACAUUUGAGCCACACAGGUCUAAACAUUCCAUCCAUGGAAGAGGUGAUGGAGGACCUACAGCAGGUUACAAGGCAAUAUUUGAGCUGCCCCGACCCAGUGGAAGCAGCAGCAAGAAGGCAAAGAGUCCUCCAAGGGGAUGCAUCUGGCGAAAUGGAGGAGACGGUAGCAGCAAUCAUCGCAGCGGAAACCCGUCGACAAUCUCUAAUCUCCCAAACGUUGGGGUCUGAGAGCAAUCCCAACACACCACCGCCAAAUCAAGAAUACCCUCUCUACGCUUCACCCUACCAAGCUCCACUAGAGACACGUAGCCCCUUAACCAGGAGAAAUGAGGUGGAGGAAGGAAACAUGGACCUAGAGACUAGGCACAAUGAUGGUGACACAACUCCUACGAGAGGCAAUGAAGGUCCUGAAAAACUCAAAUCUAUAGUUAUUAGCCCAAAUAUGGAAACAGAGGUAGCAUCUCCGGCUCCACAAGACCCGGCAGAGACGCAAGGGGAGGAAGAAACACUUCAAGAGUUUCAAAACAAAGUAAGGAGGAGAGCCAAAAAAUCGAAACAGGAUAAACCGUCUGGCAGCAGUCCUAAUAUUCUAAGGGGAACUAGCUCUAAGAAAAGGAAGAUAUCACAAAUUCAACGCUCAAUAGCAAGAGCAGUAGGAUCCCCAAAAGGACAUACCUCCAAGCCUCAGAGAAGAGCUGACAAAGGAGAGUCUGCUGCGGGAACAUCAAAAAGCUCCAGGAACCCACCAAUACAGUUAAUCCAUGUUAUCUCGAAGAAGAAGCCAGAUUUUCGGGUUCCUAGACCCCAGGCUCCUUAG